GAGGCACCGAGGCAGGGCCGGCGCCGGAGGCUCCGAGCCGGGCACGGGGACGAGGGCACGGGCAGCCCCCGGGCACCAUCCCCAGCGCCCCCGGCCAUGGCGGGCCGGCUCCGGCCCCCCGAGCCCAGCCCGGCGCUGGGACUGGAGGACGUUCCCCGCCUCCAGCCACCUCUGCGGGUGUCCCCGCAGCACACGGUGACACGGGUGCCCGUCAUCCGCCACCGCGGCUCCAACACCCUCAACUUCCACUUCCAUGACCCGGAGAGCCGCGGCACCGCCGGGAACAGCCAGGGAGCUCCCAAGAGCUCAGUGAAUGAGUGGUACCAGACCUGGCCAGCCAAGGAGGCGAAAGCCCCCAGCACCCAGAUGCCCGCCCACCCCACACCCAGCCCCAGGGCUGCCCCCUCGUGCCCCCCGGGCUGGUCGGCAACCUGGACCAAGGACAGCAAGCGGCGGGAGAGGCGCUGGGUGAAGUACGAUGGCAUCGGGCCCGUGGACGAGACGGGGAUGCCCCUCGCCUCACGCUCGAGCGUCGACAGCCCCCGAGACUGGUACCGCAGCAUGUUCCGGCAGAUCCACCGCAAGCUGCCAGAGCCCGACUGGGACACCCAUUCCUGCCCCGCCACCGCGCCUCCGUCGCCCCCCAAGCCGCGGAGGAGGGGCUCGGCGCCAGCAGAGCCCCCCGGAAUGCCCAACGGGAUGGACUGGAGCCGCUGGGGUGCCAGCAGUGCCACCGCCGAGCCUGGCAGCAUUUUCGACUACGAGCCAGGGAAGUUCUCUCCGCGGGAGCAGAGCCCGGCAGCAGCGCGGCCCAAGCGGGCUCAGUCCAUCGAGGUGCUGCUGGAGCAGGAGCUGGAGCAGCUCAGCCAGGAGCUGGACAAGGACAUGAGGGACAUGGAGACGCGCCGGGCGCCCCGCCAGAGCCCGGCGGCUGCUCCCACCGCUCGCUCCCCUGCUCCGGCCUCCCCGGCUGCUCGGACCCCCCUGUCCCCCCACCGGCUGUGGAGCCCCCCUGUCACCCCCAGCAUGGAGCGGGGUGGGCUGGGGCUGGCCAGUGACCGGAGCCCUGGCAGAGACACCCUCAGGCCAGGGACCCUCCCCAGCUUGUCAGACCUGGGGGACCCCGUGGAGGCCGUCAAGAGGGAGGAGAAAAAGAUGAAAGCUGCUCGCCUCAAGUUCAACUUCCAAGCCGAGUCUCCCAAGGAGCUGACGCUGCAGAAGGGAGACAUCGUCUACAUCCACAAGGAGGUGGACAGGAACUGGCUGGAGGGGGAGCACCACGGCCGCGUGGGCAUCUUCCCCUCCAACUACGUGGAGAUCCUGCCCCCCACGGAGGUGCCCAAGCCCAUCAAGGCUCCCACGCUCCAGGUGCUGGAAUACGGCGAGGCGCUGGCGCUCUACAACUUCCGAGGCGAUCUGCACGUGGAGCUCUCCUUCCGCAAGGGCGAGCGGAUCUGCCUGGUGCGGCGGGUGAACGAGAACUGGUACGAGGGGCGGAUCUCGGGCACCAGCCGCCAGGGCAUCUUCCCCGCCACCUACGUCCAGGUGCUGAAGGAGCCGCGGGUCAAAAGCACCGCCGAGGACAUCCCCGCCUCUCCCGGCCCCGCCAGCCCCCGGCCCGCCGCCGGGUCCCCGUCCCUGCAGCGCUCGCCCGGCCCCCGCAUCCCGCAGGCUCCCGCAGGUUCCCCCCGGGAAGCGAAGCGGGGUCCCGGGGUGACGGACGGGCGCCCGUCCUCUCCGCGCCACCUCGGUGCCACCUUCCCCCCCUCCCCAAAGCUGCCCCACGCUGGCGUGAGUGCCCCCCACCCUGGCAUCGUGCCCCUCACCCUGGCAUCGUGCCCCCCACCCUGGCAUCGUGCCCCUCACCCUGGGGCCGGGGGUGCCGCCCUGAGCCCACCCUGUCCCCCCACAGCGCCCGACCCCCGCGGCACAAAGCAGCGCCCGCCCCGAGCCCGCCCCGUCCUACAACGGCUCCGAAAUCCGGUGGACUCCGUAAGCAGCGCCGGGAGCGUCCCCGGGGCGCCGUGGCCCCACGAGGGACCCGUGGGGUGGGUGGGCUCUGCCCAUGCUUUGUCUCGCAGGUACCGGGCGCUCUACCAGUACCGGCCCCAAAACGCCGACGAGCUGGAGCUGCUGGAAGGGGACCGCGUGGAUGUCAUGCAGCAAUGCGACGACGGCUGGUUCGUGGGAGUGUCCAGGAGGACGCAGAAAUUCGGCACUUUCCCCGGGAAUUACGUGGCGCCGGUGUGACCCGCGGCCAUGGGGGACCCCGGGGGGAGGAACGGGGCCGGGGGCUCCCCCUGGCCCGCCUCGGCCGCGCUGUGUCCCCGCCGGGUCCCCCCACGGGGAUGAAGCGCCCCCAGCUCCCUCCCGCCCCUAUGGGGCUGCUUCUAACAGGGACGAAUCCCCCCAGCGCGGGGUGGCUUAACCCGCCCCCUCCUCACCGCUGCCCGGUGCCACCGCCCCGGGGGUCGCCCCGGGGCUCUGGCCGGAGCCGGGCCUGACCAUGACGGCCGUGCCCCGGGAUGUGGGUCCGUGUCCGGGAGUCGCCGUCGCUUCUUUUCCGUCAUUAAAGCUCAGCUCAGCCCGA